AUGUCUCCGAAAUCUACUUCGCACCGCUCUUUUUGUCUCAUGGCCUUGCUGACCCUCUUGGCCCAUGCAUACCUAUUGAAUGCUCCCUUAUUAGCAGCUGAGAAUACCAUGGUGGAACCCUUGGUGUCUCCUGUCGGCUGCACUCCACAACAAGAACAGCAACAGUUGAAUAUGACACCUCGUGACAUGACGGGUAGCUGGGUGGGCAGUUGGUGGAUUCCACCAAAAGGUUGGAAACUGUUUUCCACCGAGGAAUUACAAGACAUGUGGAUUGAUCAAUCCAUGAUAUGGGUCGGAGACUCGACGGCCCGAAGAUCCGCCAUGAGUCUGUACGGACUGCUGCGGCACGACAACAACCGAGGCCGUCAGGAACACAAGGAACACUUGCAUGUCUCGUUGGAAGAAAUUGACCGAGAGGCAUUGAUUGAUCUGAAUCGAAAAGAAAUCACAGAGCCCUGUCGACGCCACGGGUGGGAUAAUAAUAAUAACAACAACACCAAACAUCUGCCUCUGAUUUGCCGACCCAUGCCCGAGAACCGCAACAAGGACUUUGUGGUCUUGCAAUUGCCGUGUCUUCAAACUGUGGAGAAUUUCCUCUUGGAUGAAGUAUCCGGAGCCUCCAAUCUGACUAUUGAUAUGGAUGUUAUGAUUUUGUCUCUGGGUAUUUGGGAUGUCGUUCGACAAGGAGACUGUCAGAAGAAACAAGGUGGACGUCCACUGAGGGCUCGCAUCCUGUAUACACUGGACGCGCUCACCAAGUUGAACCAGAAACGCCCCAAGCUAAAGAUCAUUUGGAGAACCAGCGGAUACAGCUUCCCCUUGCAAGAUGAUGAAAGUGAGCACGACGAGGUCAAUCAAACCAAUGUCAUGAAUGACAUUGUUAUGGACCACUUGGACAAACAGCAGCAAUUAUCGGCGGAAAAGGCAACAACAACAAUCACCAAUCAUAAUCACUGGAUGACCUAUGUCAAUUGGGGAGGAGCUGUCGAGCCGCGUAGCUUUGGAGCCAACAAUCGCUUAGCGGGUGACAUUCCGGCGCAUUAUGGAAUACAGCCACGCCUCGUGCUGCAUCAAAUGAUUGCCAACACAAUGUACCAACGCGCGUUGUCGUCUCGUCUGCCACCACCAUGUUGA